AUUUUGAACCAAUCUUUGCAAGUCAGAUAGUAUAUAUCCAACUAUACCAAAGUUACUUUGAAAGUAAAUGACAAAAAUUUUCACCUCUUCUCGGAUUAGUUGAUCCUGGAAUUAUUUACAUCUACACCGGACAAGUAGCGGAUCACAUUGCCGAUCUGAAUCAUGGAUACAAGUCUUAAAGCAGAUGAGAUCCGAGAUCUAUUUAUAAACUUCUUCAAGGAGAAGGAACAUAUAUAUGUACAUUCAUCAUCCACUAUCCCGCUGGAUGAUCCAACAUUGCUAUUUGCCAAUGCUGGCAUGAACCAGUUCAAGCCAAUUUUCCUCGGAACUGUCGACCCAAACAGUGACCUGUCCAAGUAUGUGCGUGUUACCAACUCACAGAAGUGUAUUCGUGCAGGAGGUAAACAUAAUGAUCUGGACGAUGUCGGAAAAGAUGUUUACCAUCACACAUUCUUUGAGAUGUUGGGAAAUUGGUCGUUUGGCGACUACUACAAGAAAGAGACUUGCACCUGGGCAUGGGAUUUGUUGACUGAAAGAAUCAAGAUGGAGAAAGAUCGUCUUUAUGUUACCUAUUUUGGAGGAAAUGAGGAGGCAGGACUUGAACCAGAUCAUGCGACAAGGGAUAUAUGGCUUUCACUAGGGAUUCCUGCAGAACGUGUUAUGCCAUUUGGAAUGAAAGACAAUUUCUGGGAGAUGGGUGAGGUAGGACCAUGCGGUCCCUGCACAGAGAUCCAUUAUGACAGGAUUGGUGGGCGUGAUGCUCGUGACUUGGUCAACAUGGAUGUUCCUGAUGUUUUGGAAGUCUGGAAUCUUGUGUUCAUACAGUAUAACAGGGAGUCUGAGACAGAACUGAAACUUCUCCCAAAGGGUCAUGUUGAUUGUGGUAUGGGCUUGGAACGAUUGGUGUCUGUGAUCCAGAGGAAAAAGUCCAACUAUGAUACAGACAUGUUUAUGCCACUGUUUGAAUUUAUACAAAAGAACACAGGUUGCAGACCUUAUGAAGGUAAGGUUGGAGCUGAUGAUGUUGACGGUAUUGAUAUGGCGUACCGUGUUUUAGCUGAUCAUGCCAGAACAUUGACGAUAGCUCUCUCAGAUGGUGGACGACCAGAUAAUACAGGCAGAGGAUAUGUGUUGAGGAGAGUAUUACGUAGAGCUGUGAGGUAUGCUUCAGAAAAACUAGGAGCUAAACCAGGAUUCUUUGCCUCAAUGGUUGAUACAGUUGUUACUCUGUUAGGAGGUGCUUUCCCUGAAGUCACCAAAGAUCCAGAGGAGGUAAAGUCAAUUAUUAAUGAAGAAGAACAGCAGUUCCUGAAGACCCUGUCACGUGGUAAACGUUUGUUGGAACGUACCAUUAACAAACUAGGGGAUACCAAUGUUUUGCCGGGGGAUGUAGCAUGGAGACUGUAUGACACAUAUGGAUUCCCAGUGGACCUGACCUCACUAAUGGCAGAGGAGAGAAAACUAAGUAUAGAUAUGGAUGCCUAUGAGGAGGCAAAGAAAAGGUCACAGGAGUUGUCCCAAGGUGCUGGAGGUGUCCGCAAUGAUGAAAUCAACUUGAACGUACAUGCCAUAAGUGACCUUCAGAAACGUGGAGUCCCACCGACAGACGACUUACCAAAAUAUAAUUACACUGCUGAUGAAAAUGGCAAUUACACAUUCGAAUCUUGUACUGGUAAAGUGAUAGCCCUACGACACAACAAAGAGUUUGUAGAGUCGGUUACAACCGGUCAGGAAUGUGGUGUAUUGCUGGAUAGAACGUGUUUCUAUGCGGAACAGGGAGGACAGAUUUAUGACGAGGGAUUUCUUGUCAAAGAAGAUGAAGAUGAUGUAGAAUUCCGCGUGAGAAAUGUCCAAGUUCGUGGAGGAUACGUGCUGCAUAUUGGUGUGAUAGAAGGCACUCUGAAAGUAGGGGAUGUAGUGAAACAGUCCAUUGAUGAAUCUAGAAGAACUGCAGUGAUGAAGAACCAUACAGGAACCCAUGUUCUGAAUUUUGCCCUCCGUGAAGUUCUGAAGGAGGCUGAUCAGCGCGGAUCGCUGGUAGCACCAGAUAGGCUGAGAUUUGAUUUCAGUGCAAAGGGUGCUAUGACAGUGAAGGAAGUGAAGAGGGCAGAAGAGAUUGUAAAUGAAGUAAUUGGUAAAAACCAACAGGUAUAUGCUAAAGUCUCCCCUCUAGCUGAUGCUAAAGCUAUACAAGGACUGAGGGCUAUAUUUGAUGAGACAUAUCCUGAUCCAGUACGUGUAGUUUCUGUUGGAAUACCUGUUGAAGAUUUGAUAGCUGAUCCCAUGGGACCGGGAGGUUCUGUGACUUCCCUAGAGUUUUGUGGCGGAACACAUUUACUGCGUGGAGGACAUAUUGGCAAGAUGGCAAUAGUUUCAGAGGAAGCCAUAUCGAAAGGCGUGAGAAGGAUCAUUGCUGUUACAGGCACAGAAGCCAUGAAGGCUGGUCAUCGUGUAGAUGUGUUAAAUAAAGAGGUAGAAGACCUGAAGACCAAACUAGAGAGUAACAGUAAAACUCAGGAAUUCACAGAUAAACAGCUAACAAGGAUGAUUGUAGAACUCAAUGAUGAGUUAUCUCAGUCUGUAAUCUCGUACUCAGAGAAAGAUCGAUUACGAACAGAAUUAAAAGGUUUAAAAAAGAAGAUGGAUGAUCUUGACAAGGCCAGGAAGGCCGCGGUUGUUGGUGAAGUCACAGAAAAAGCAAAACAAAUGAUCACAGAAAAUCCCAAUCAGAAAUAUAUAGUGCAUGAGUUCAAGGCAGGAUCCAAUGCUAAGGCUUUGGAUGCUGCCAUGAAACAAUACAAGGCUUCAAGUCCUGAGACAGCGGCGAUGUUCUUCACUGUGGACAAUGACAACAGUAAAAUAUUGUGCAUGAGUUGUGUUCCAAAGGCUGUAGCAUCACAAGGUUUUGGUGCAGACAAGUGGGUUCAGCAGGUGGCGCCACUGAUCAACGGUAAGGGAGGUGGCAAAGAUCUGGCUGCUCAGGCAACUGGCACAAAUACGCAAGCCUUAAACAAGGCGCUAGAAGUUGCGAUAGAAUUUGCUAAAAUGAAUAUAUCAUGAAGUUGGUAAAAAUAGACAUUUGGCUGGAUGGUCCACAGAUAUGUUGUGUUAAUCUCUUCUCUGUGCUUAUGGUGCAUUAUUUAUUAAUAGUAUCGUAUUUUAUGGCAUUCAAAUAGUUGUUGACAUUGAAAUAUGAAGACAGAAAGAAAUAAAGUUCAUUUCUUCUCAAAAACACUUGUUUUGUUAAUCAUUCACAAUAUCUGUGUGAUAUUUUAUACUUGUGCAAGUGAUAAAAUUUCCCAGUGUUAUAAAAGUGAUACCACAAAACUUUAACAAAUCUGUUUUUAGCCAUUUUGAAUGCAGAAGUGUUGUUCUUUAUUAUCAGCACUAAUGCUUGUUAAGUGGAGGAUUAUAGAGUUCAACUUAUUGUUGAUAUUGUUGAAUUAUCAUUUAAGGUUAUCUAAUUCUUUCUUUUAUUGUAACAUGAGAUUGCUAGCAGUUUAUAUAAACUGAUAAACUGUGUAUUAUCAAGUUGUAAGUAACUAGCUCAAACUGAUUGUGAUGUAUUUAUUUAAUUAUUAUAUAAGGAUGUUUCUUUAACUGACAAGUAUAAAAUUAUUGUUAGUCUCCUACCAGUGUUUUAUCGGAGGGGACUUGUGCUUUGCCCCAUCUCUCAAACUGAGACUUUUGUUGCCUUUCAUUGAUAGUUACUGCAAUAUUUUCAAAGAUAUUAU